AUGGCCGAAGCACUCGCUAUGAUCGGACUGGCGUCCGCACUGCUCCAGUUUGCCGAAUUCGGUGGCAAGGUGCUACGGCAGCUUCGUCGACUGGAGAGUGACGCCACCGGUGUUCCGGCCGUCUUCAAGAACGUGAGGUCGCGACUGCCACUAAUGGUUGACCUCGUACAGAAGAUUAUUCUCCGUAUGGACGCCGGGUUGAUCGACAAAAAGUCCCAGGAGACAAUGCUUCCUGUUGUACGAAGCUGCAUGAUCCAGGCAGAGCAGUUGGAUAGUCUGGUAGUCAAGACUCUGCCACAGAACCAUGAGUCGCACUGGUCCCGGGGUAGAAAGGCGGUCAUCGGGGUGCUCGUCGAGUCCGAUGUCGAGCGGAUUGAAGCCGCGUUGAAAGCCAACUUUGACCUACUCGCCCAGGCCGGCACAUUCCAUCUUGUUGAUGGCGACGGUGUUGACACAAAGAACGGCCUGGGCAGCAGUUCUUCAGGCAUGUUCAAUUUCCUAGGUUCCAAUGUGCAUGUCACGCUUCAGACACCUGAUCAUACGACUGGCCCUCCUGGCUACGACAUCUCGGAGAUUGAGCAUUUUCGGUCACCAUUUCAGUCAACCACACCUUCGAAAGAGCAGAAAAUUACGCCAGAUCAGGCGAAGCCACCGGUAUUUAUGGUUCCUUUUCAUCGUGACUCCAACUUCUUGGGAAGAAGAUCGACGCUCGAUCUCAUCGACCAGAGAUUUGAGUCGCAAUCAUACGUUGCUCUGGCGGGCCUUGGCGGAAUCGGAAAAUCUCAAAUAGCCAUCGAGUACGCCUACCUUUAUCGCGAACGACACCCGCACGCCCAUGUAUUUUGGGUCUACGCCAGUGACCCCAUCCGUUUCGAGGAAUCAUACCAUCAUAUUGCAAGAAAAAUGGCAUUCCCGGGGUGGAAUGAUCACCAAGUGGACACUUUGCAGUUCGUUCACGAUGGACUCGGUGGCAAUGACUCCGGAAAAUGGCUCCUCAUCCUAGACAAUGCGGACGACGAGUCUAUGUUUCACGGCAAGAGAGUGAAUGAGCGCUCCAAUUCCCGCACGAAUGACUCGGAUGGCGGUGCUAAGUCGUAUGCGCGCUAUAUUCCCAAUAAAAGUGAAGGCUCCGUUCUUAUUACCACGCGUGAUAGACGGGUCGGCGAGCGGCUGUCGGGCAGGCAUAGGCCCGUUGACAUCUCUGUCAUGACAUCUGGCGAGUCGAUGGAGCUGCUCCGAUCGAAGAUGUUCGAAGAGGACUGGUGUGAGGAGGAUGCCCAUAGGUUGGUCACGGAGCUCUCUCAUCUGCCCCUGGCCAUCACGCAGGCGGCCGCAUUCAUCAGUGAAAACUGCCUCAGUAUCGACGAGUACCUCGCGACGCUACGUGCAGGUGAUGAUGAUGCUAAAGAGCUCUUGAGUGAGCACCUCGAGGAUCCGCGUAGAGAUAUCGACACAGAAAACUCAGUCGUGCGCACGUGGAAACUUUCGUUUGACCAGAUUUCGCGCAAUGUUCCUCGCGCCGCCGAAAUCUUGUCGUUGGUCGCUGUGCUCGACUACCACUCUGUUCCAGUGUUCUUCUUACGCAAAGAGAAAGAAAACGAGACGGGGUUUCGCGUUGCACUCGGCGCUUUACAGGCCUUCUCUCUGCUUACGGCCUCGCGCGGCAGAGAUGCAGUGUGCAAGAUGCACCGGCUGGUGGCCUUGGCAAUGCAACGUUGGCUCGAAGCGCGAGGAACACUAUCUCACUGGCAUCGCGAGGGCCUUCGCGUUCUGGCCACAGCAUUCCCUGGUCCUGGCUGCCAGAGGUACGAGGAGUGGCCUUUAUACGAAGCACUCGUGCCGCACACAGCGCAGGUGUUGGCAUAUCGAUUCGAGGCUACUGAUGACUUGCUCUCGUCAGCACAGCUAAGCGUUGCAGUCGGGCUCUAUCAAAUGUCUAGGUGCAGGUUCGAUAAGGCGUUUGACCUUUGUCAAAGGUCAUACGAUAUUUGUCGGGAUCUUCUACCAGCUGAUGACCCCUUGGCGCUCAACAGCGUGCAGACUUUGGGCGAAGCGCUUCUGCAUCGAGGAGAACUACAGCUGGCGGCGGCAAUGUUAAGGCGAGCUGCCGCAGGCCGCGAGAAGGCAUUAGGAACCGAGGACCCAGACACGCUUGAGAGCCUGAGCGACCUUACCAUUACGCUGAUGGAAUUGGAUGAUUUGGAUGCCGCGGAGGCUACGGCAUUAAGAGUGUUGGAUGGGCGGCAGAAAGUGCUAGGAGAAUACCAUCCAGACACAAUCGUGAGCCUGAAUAUCCACACCAUCCUCCUUCAUCGGAAAGGAAAGCUUGACGAGGCGGCGGCGCAAUAUGAGAAAACCCUGCGGCUUAGAGAGAGGUUAUUAGGCGCAGAGCACCCUGACACCAUUAUAACUAGGAACAACUUCGCAAGACUCCAGUAUGACCAAGGAGAUCUCCAAGGGGCGAGAACGACCAUCGACCGUGUCUUGGCUGGCGAAGCCGAAGUUCUCGGGCCCGAUGGUUACGAUAGUCAAGUAACGCUGAGCACAAGCGCACUUAUUCAAGCUGCACAAGGCGACUUUUCUGGGGCGGACACCACGCUUCGAAAAGUCUUAAAGAUACGAGAUAGUUCUCUGGGACAGACGCAUCCUUCAACAAUGUUUACUCUGCAGAUGAUCAAAGAUCUGCAUAAUGACAAAGCCAACAAAGGAGGCAGCCAAGAUACCCUCCGAGAGUUGCAGAGAACAAUUGUGGAGAGGAAGAAGAAACUCAACAGCGGUAGCCAUAGGGAGGCAACCGCACUGCUUCGGGCAGGGCUGCUAUUUGACUGA